AGGGACCCAGCGACUAUAUAAGCCUGGGGAAGGCCAGGCGAACCGAUUUCCGAGAUCCAGCCUAUCAUGUCGCAAUCGAUCAUCAAAGAGGACGCAGUGUACGUCGACAAAGUCAUUCGCCUGAACUUGCCAUGGGACCCCACGUCCACCGCCAACGCGGUGCCCAUCCCAGGAAGUCAGAAACCAGGCCACUCGGCCGUGUACCGCAAUGCCUACUCCCCCAACAAGUUGGUGUCCACCGUGCACCCUUCCAUCACCACCUUGCACCAGUUGUUCGAGCACUCGGCCCAGGUCAACGGCCCCGACCGCUGUUUCGGCACCCGUGAACAGCUUGCUGACGGCACCUUCGGCGACUACGUGUUCAACGACUAUAACAACGCCCACAAACGUAAGACUGACAUCGGAGCUGGUAUCUUUUGGGUUUUACAGAACAAUCCCUACAGAACGGAUUCGGAAGCUCACGCACGCAUCCAAUAUGAUCCCAACGCUACGGAAUCGCCUUUCAUCGUCACCCUCUUCUCUGCGAACAGAGAGGAAUGGGCAUUGACCGACUUGGCGUGCGUGUCGUACUCGCUCACCAACACCGCGUUGUACUCCACGUUGGGCCCCGACACCUCCAACUACAUCCUCGAGUUGACCGAGUCGCCCAUCGUGAUCUGCUCCAAGGACAAGGUCAGAAGCAUCCUUGAGUUGAAGCAGAAGUACCAAGACAGCUUGGCCAGCUUAAUCCUGGUGGUGUCGAUGGAGGCGUUAGACGUCGCCCACGACAGCGACCUCUUCCAGCUCGCCAAGGCCAACCGCAUCUCCCUCAUCGACUUCAAGCUGUUGGAGAAGUUGGGAGAAAUCAACCCUCUCCCUGAAAUUCCCCCCAAGCCUGAGACGGUCUACACCAUCUCUUUCACUUCGGGAACCACGGGAGCCCACCCCAAGGGAGUGGUGUUGACCCAUGCAAACGCCAUGAGCUCCGUCACCUUCUGCUUCAGUAACAUGACCUCGGCCGACAAGGGCACCACCUACUGCUUCCUCCCAUUGGCCCACAUCUUCCAGAGAAUGAACUUGCUCGGAACGCUCUUCAUGGGGUACGCCAUUGGGUUCCCCCAGUCAACCUCGCCAUUGACGUUGUUGGACGAUGUCCAGAACUUGGACCCUCACGUCCUCAGUCUUGUUCCCAGAGUCUACACCAAGAUGGAGGCCGGAAUUAAGGCCCAGACCGUCAACAACGACGAGAGCCCUAUCUUGAAGUACUUGUUCACCAAGGCGGUCGAGAAGAAGAUGGAGUUGCAGUCAAAGGAAGACAACGCCAGAGGACACCACAUUCUCUACGACAGGUUGAUUGGCCGUCUCCGUCUGAAGCUUGGGUUCGGCAACAUGGAAAUGUUCACCAUCGGCUCCGCUCCCGUUUCUCCUGAUACCCUUAAGUUCCUCAAGGCCAUUCUUGGCGUGGGAAUCUCCCAAGGUUACGGUUUGACCGAAUCCUUUGCUGGUGUCUGUUCGUCGUUGAAGUUUGAAGCCAACCCCGGAUCUUGUGGUCCUAUCUGCUUGACCACUGAAAUGAGACUCCGUGAGGUUCCAGAAAUGAACUACACUGCCAACUCGCCCCAGGGUCCAAGUGGUGAGAUUCUUCUCAGAGGCCCUCAAAUCUUCUCCCACUACUACAAGAACCCCGAGGAGACCAAGAAGGCGUUCGACGACGAAGGCUGGUUCCGUACUGGUGACAUUGCCACCGUCAACCCUACCAACGGUAGAAUCUACAUUGUUGACAGAGUCAAGAACUUCUUCAAGUUGGCUCAGGGUGAGUACAUCAUGCCUGAAAAGAUCGAGAACGCAUACCUCAACAGGUUCCCAGUGGUGUCCCAAUUGUACGUUCACGGUGACCCCUUGCAAACCUACUUGGUGGGUGUUGUUGGUUUGGAUCCUGCUACCAUUGAAAAAUACAUCUCCAAGAAAUUUGGUGUCACCAUCACCAAUGAAAAGGAGAUUGUUGAGUUUUUCAAGGACCCAAAACACAAAACUGCUCUUUUGAAGGAUAUGAACGAAAGUAUUGGUGGUGUGUUACAAGGGUUUGAAAAGGUGCACAACAUUUUUGUUGACUUCGAGCCAUUGACAGUCGAAAGGGACAUCGUCACUCCAACCUUGAAGAUCAAGAGACCAUUGGCCGCCAAGUUUUUCAAGGAGGUUUUCAAAAACUUGUACGAAGAAGGAUCUUUGGUCAAGGGCUCCAAGUUGUAAUCCCGUCAACCGAGCUUUGGACUACAAAUAUUUCUCUAAUGCGUUUUAUUAAGACCACAAUUUAGACUAUAGACC